AGGAAGCGUCGCCAGUAUGGUUGCAAGGUGUGUUCGCUCCUUCGGCCGGGGAUGAAUCCGUGGGAGACGACCUUCUACUGCGUUGAGUGUACCGAGGCAAGGUCAAAAGGGGCUGCGGACGACGCUGCAUGCGCCAAAGGAAAUAUUUACCUCUGCCAAAAGGUUCGCCAGCACAAUCCAAGCGCGCCGACAAACUCUGCGACCUGCAGCCAAAUUUGGCAUGACCUUUGGCGUGGUGGUGACAACAUUCCUCCAGGACUCAAGACGAUCAGACUGCGCACUGCAAAAGUACGUGACGUACAACAAGCCACCGGAGCUGCCGACGACUCCAGUGAUAGCGACGGCAGCUCAAGCUCAAGUGUCAGGUCGUGUAGUGCACGAAGUUCGAACAGUGUUCCCAGUGAUGCAGGCAAUAAUCAAGAA